ACGCCUGGAGCCGUCGCUGGGUGGAGUCGAAGCACAAAUCUGACUACGGCAAGUUCGUCCUCAGUGCCGGAAAGUUCUACGGCGACGCCGAGAGGGACAAAGGCAUCCAGACGAGCCAGGACGCUCGUUUCUACGCCCUCUCCGCUCGCUUCGAGCCCUUCAGCAACCGCGACAAGACGUUGGUGCUGCAGUUCACGGUGAAGCACGAGCAGAACAUCGACUGCGGAGGAGGAUAUGUCAAGCUCUUCCCUGCCAGCCUCAACCAGGAGGACAUGCACGGGGACUCGGAGUACAACAUCAUGUUUGGACCUGACAUCUGUGGGCCUGGGACCAAGAAGGUUCAUGUCAUCUUCAACUACAAGGGGAAGAACGUGUUGAUUAAUAAGGAUAUUCGGUGUAAG